GUUACUCGUAAUAAAUUCCAGAGAGAGAGAGAGAAGGGGGAUGGGGGUGUUGCGGAGUACAGAGAGUUUGGAGGCGGAGGUGAAGGAGUUCCGUGAGAUGCUGUUGAGAAGCGGCGGAGGUUUGGAGUUCGGGGCGUGGAAGAGGGGAUCUGGGGCCGUCCGAAGGGGGACGGGCGGUGAAGAGGGGGAGGGACACGGGAGGAUGGUGUGCGUCACCAGCGCCGUCUCCUUCCUCGGAUUCGCCAUCGUCAAUCGCCUCCUCUCCCUCGGCUACUGCGUCCGCCUCGCCCUCGAAAACCAAGAGGAUCUAGACAAGCUGAGGGACAUGGAGAUGUUUGGUGAGAUGGGGAGGGACGGCGCAUGGGCGGUGAUGGCCAAUGUGAUGGACCUUGAUAGCUUAUGCCGGGCGUUUGAUGGAUGCACUGGGGUGUUCCACACCUCGGCCUUCGUGGAUCCUGGGGGUGUAUCUGGCUACUCGAAGCACAUGGCAGAUAUGGAGGCUAGAGCAGCGGAGCGAGUGAUUGAAGCCUGUGUGCGUACUCAAUCUGUGAGAAAGUGUGUAUUUACUUCCUCCCUUCUAGCUUGUGUUUGGCGGCAGAAUUCCCCUCGCAAUCACCGUCUCGCCACCAUUGUUGAUGAAAACUGCUGGAGCGAUGAAAGCCUCUGCCGGGACAAAAAGCUAUGGUUCGCACUGGGCAAGACAAUGGCAGAGAAAGCAGCUUGGCGAGCAGCUCGAGGAAGGGACUUGAAGCUAGUUACGGUAUGUCCGGCUCUCGUCACCGGACCAGGAUUUCGCCGUCGGAACUCCACAGGAUCCGUUGCGUACCUGAAAGGAGCUCGUGAGAUGUUUGCAGAGGGGUUGCUUGCAACGGUUGAUGUGAGCAAGGUAGCCGAGGCUCAUGUAAGCGUCUACGAGGCAAUGGGUAGCACUGCUUGUGGGCGGUAUAUCUGCUACGAUCGUAUCAUCCAAAGAAAGGAAGAGGCUCUUGAAUUAGAGCGGCAGCUUGGGAUUCCCAACAGGAUAUACACUGAGACCCCAACGGACCACCCAACCUGGUUCGAUCUUUGUAACAGGAAAAUUUCCAGGCUCAUGUCAUCGAGGAGGCGGUGCGCAUACGAUGUCUACUCGAUAGUGUAUGAUUAGAAGCUCAGGAAUUGGAGAACACAAAGCUGUGUUUUUGGCAUUCAGUGCUCACCGUGUGAUGGAAUCUCUCAAAGCUGUGUUGUUGGCAUUGAGGGGGUUCUGAGUGAAUGAAACUGAGGAACUGAUAUCCACAAUAUUAUGCAGUCAGAUUGGACAAGUGGAUUAUCGGAGAGGAGUGGAAGAAAAUCAUUGUACAAAGGUUACCAUGUUAUCGAUCUGAGUUGAUAACAUGGUGGGUAUGGAAGAAAGCUUCUGAGGCAAUCAAAUUUGUUCUGUCUUAUUUUUGUGAGCACUUUCCAUCCUAUAAGAUAUGGCACUGGGAGUGAAAGGAGUU